GACAAUGACCAAACAACCUUAUCGAGAAUGUCGAGCAAGAAACCAAUCUUCUAUUUUAUCUCUUGAUUUCAUUUCAUUUCAUAUAUAUAUAGAUUUUAGUUUUUAAUAUAUUAUAUUAUGGGAGGAGGAGCCGUACCUAUUCCGGCAACCACCGCCGGAAACCACCACUCAAACCCACUAUAUUCUCCGACUGUAUCAUCCAAUUUCUCCACCGGAGAUUCAGAUUUCAUCGUUGAAAGUGAAAAAAUGGCAAUUGGGUAUUUAAAUUUAACCAAUUUUGGUCAUGUUCCUUCUCGAACUGAAGUGCAAAACGCCAUUUAUGAUCUUCAAAGGGUGAUGAAUGGAUAUGGGGAAAUUAUGGAGCAAUGGAAUUAUGAUGAUUCAACAAGUGUAAUGAAAUCUUUGGGACAAAAGAGACUUCUUGAUGCAUAUCAUCACCUUCAAACGGAUCCUUUUGUUCAGAGGCUAGUACUAUCAAUAUCAUCGGAUAUCCGGGUGUGGGACGCGAUCUUGAAGAAUGACGCGGUUCAGGAUCUUCGAGGCUCGUUGCCACUUGCAGAAGCAGAUGAAGAAUGUGCAACCUACAUGCACGAACCCAACUCGACAUCUGCUAUUGUUAAGUGGAUUUUUGCAGUCAUGAAAUCGAAAAUCAUUCAGUUGGUGGAGAAAUUAGAGGUUUUUGUGUUUGAAACACUAUAUCAUGUGUCAAAAAAGACGACGUCCACAUCGAAGCAUGAUAUUUUGGAAGAGAAAGUACGAUCUUCACUGCUGCUUUCUAUAGUUGUACUCGUGAUAGUCGUCGUGACUAGGAGCCUUGAGACAUGAUCUACCGAUCUCUGAUAUCAUUUUAUGGGUUAUGUUCACGUACAAAGUGCCUUAUCGUACAAAACGUACGAAAGGCAUGAAAAAGCCAAAAAAACGCAUAUGAUAUUUUUUUGAUAGACACUGUUUGAAGUUUUUUUUUUUUUUUUUUUUUUGAUGAUUUUCUACCCGUGUAAGUUUUAGCUAAAAUACAAUAUUUCUGUACGUUACUAAUUUCUUUGAAACGGUGUCUUAGCAUAUGAUAAAUGAGACACUUUUAAAGCA